GAGAGGGUGAAGCGGCGACGGUGACGAUGACGACGCUGCAGCUGGACCCGCCGGUGGUGCCGGCCCGGCGCUCCGCGGCGACGAGCUGCGACCUGCACCCGGACGAGACGUUCACCGGAUUCUGCACCGCGUGCCUGCGUGAGCGCCUCGCGGGGCUCGAGGCGUCCGCCGCCGCGGCCUCCGCGCCUGGGCGCAAGUCCACGUCGGCCAUACGGUCCCUGUUCGCCAGGCCGUUCGGCGGCGGCGCCGGCGGCUCGUCCGUCGCCGGCGCCGGGGCGUCGCUGCCGGACCUUCGGCGUUGCAAGUCGUUCUCGUGCGGCCGCGGGGGGGACGCGCUCGCGGCUGCUGCUGCUGCGGCGGCGGCCGGCACCGCCAGAGCUGAUGAGCCACAGCGGCGCUCGUGCGACGUGCGUGGGCACAGCACGUUGUGGUCGCUGUUCCACCAGGAUGACCGUGGCCGUGUCCCGUCGUCAUCUUCCGCCGCUGACAUUGCUCCUCCCCAUCAACAGCCGCCGCCGCCGCCGCCGCGACCAUUCAUCCCGGACGAUUUCUUGGACGAAGAUAUCCCCGUCGUCAUGGAGCACGAUGAGAUAAUGCCGGUGGUGGAGCCCGUCAUUGUGGUGGACACCUCCGGGGAGAUCGAAACCGAGCCCAAUGUGGUGGCCCGGGAAGGGAAGGCCAUGAAGGAUCACAUGGAUUUCGAGUCGUCGCAGCCGAAGAAGCCGCCGACGAAAGACCUGAAAGAGAGCUUCUGGGUCGCGGCCUCGGUGUUCAGCAAGAAGUGGCAGAAAUGGAGGCGCAAGCAGAAGCUCAAGAAGGAGGCCGCCGUGAGCAAGGCGGCGGCUGCGGCAAUGCCGCCGCCGGAGAAGCCGUCCAAGCCAUCGUUCCUUCGGCGGAGGCGUCUGCGGGGGGAGGCCGGCUCGGAACUCGCCGGGGGCCGUCGCUCGUGUGACACCGACCCGCGUUUCUCCCUGGACGCCGGCCGCAUGUCCGUCGACGACGCUGGCUUCUCCUGGGACGAGCCACGCGCGUCAUGGGACGGCUACUUGUUUGGUGCAGGCGCCGGCAUUGGCCUCGGCCGCGCGCCUCCGCCGCUCUCCCGCCUCCCUCCUAUGAUGUCCGUCCUGGAGGACACCCCGGCCACCAUUGUCGAGCGCUCUGACGGCCAAAUCCCGGUGGAAGACGACGCCGACAUUGACCCACCAGGGGGCUCCUUGCAGACAAGAGAUUACUACUUGGAUUCCUCGACCAGGAGACGCCGCAGCCUGGAACGCUCCAGCUCCGUGCGCAGGCCGUCAUUCGAAGUCACCGAGCCAAAACCAGCACCCACCACCAUAGCUAACGGCAAGGAAUCCCCUCUCGGCGGCUCAGAGUUCUACCACUUCCACCAUGCCGAGGACCUGCUCGACCGUGGGUUCAGCUCCAACUCCCUCAUCGAGGACAUCUCCGCGAGCUUGGAGGCCGCCUUGUCAGGCCCCGGCAGCGCCAAGAAGCCACGGCGGUGGCGCAAGGCGUGGAGCCUGUGGGGGUUCAUUCACCGGAGGGCCUCCGGCCGCCGGAGCGGCGGCCCGUCCGACAUCGCCGACCGCUCGUUCUCGGAGGCGUGGCCGGACCUGCGCGUCCGUGGGUACAACCCCAAGAUGCAGCGGUGCAACAGCAACUUGAGCGCGCGCAGCUCGUUCAGCAGCAACAGCGGCGGGCUUGGCAGCUCGAGGCGCAGCCACGUGGACGUCAACGGGAGCAGCGCGAGGCGUCGGGAGGAGCACGUGCUGGAGCGUAACCGCAGCGCGCGGUACUCGCCACCGGGGCGCGUGGACAACGGCAUGCUGCGCUUCUACCUGACGCCGAUGCGCAGCGGCGGCGGCGGCGGUGGUGCGCGGCGGGGCGGCGGCGGCGGCGGGGGCGGGGGCGGCCUGCCGGCCAAGGCCGGGCGGCAGCUGACUUCGCAAUCGUUCGCCCGUAGCCUACUCCGGAUGUACUAAUGCCACGCUUGCAGCCGAAAAGGAGGGGGGGAUAAUACCGCCAUAGCCAUAAAAUCUUCAUGUAUUAUUGUAAGCUUCUUGUUCUUUCUGUCCAUUUUGGGGGGGGGGGGGGGUGGAUAACGCGCGAUUCAUCUCAUAAAUUCCUCUAUCCGUAUCGUGUUUUAUAUCGUUAAAUCAACCGUGUUGUCGACUUGCCAUGAGUUCUAUGACUAAGUACGAGCAUGGCUACGAGUUGCAGCUUACUAAAGUGUCUCGUUCAACCUAAA